CUCUGAAAUUCUAGCACUUGGACGCUCUCAGCUUGAAUUUAUAUCGUCCUCGACUUCAUACACCCGCUGUUGUGCACGCGAGCCUGACCCGCGCACCUCCUAGCCAAGACCGCCCCAGCCCACCCCAGACUUUCCAAGACAUACCCCAUCCUCGGCUGGAUUUGCUAUGGGCGCCCUAUGAGCUCAGCAUUCCGACGCCAGCGUUGCCAUCAUGAAUGACCUGUCCACGCUUCUGGGAGACCCCGUGACCGACCCUGAGGAAGACGCCUUUCUCGUUUUCUCGCAAGAAGUCCCGUUCCAGUCAAACCUUGGCUUCAUCGAUUCGCACGCAGCCGAGCUCAAGGUCAGCAUCGGCGGGAGAGACCUCACCAUCCGGCAGUCGCAUGGCCUCCUCACAUCGUCCCGCAAGCAGGGCACCACAGGCGCAGUCGUUUGGAAAGUGACGCCUCUCUUCGCCGCGUGGAUCUCAUCCCCAAACUUCCUUUUCAAGUGUGGCUUCUUAAGCCCUGCGAGCACAGCCAUCGAGCUCGGCGCUGGCGUCGCCGGCGUCGUUGCCUUGACGCUCGCCCCGCUGAUCAAUAGAUAUAUCGCCACCGACCAGGAAUAUGUGCUCAAGCUUUUGAAGCAGAACAUUACCGAUAACUUACCUGUCACUAGUACCAAAAGACCAAAGACGAAGAAGAAAACGUCUCGUUCAGUCCCAGAAGGGAAAGGCAGCAUUGAAACGCUCGAGCUCGACUGGGAACUGAAUUCCGUUUCUUCGUUGCCUACUCAGCUCGGCCUGCACGAACGCGCAGGUGUCGACCUUGUCAUUGCCUGUGACUGUAUCUACAACGAGAGUCUCAUUGAGCCGCUGAACAACACAUGUGCUCAGAUCUGCAAGCUACGCUCUCAUGAAGAGCAGGACAAGCCGACCAUCUGCCUUGUAGCACAACAGCUUCGAGCUCACGAUGUGUUUGAAGCUUGGUUAAAGAGUUUUCAUGAACACUUCCAUGUGUGGCAGGUGCCGGACAAACUCCUGACUCCCUCCCUGCGGGAGAAGUCCGGUUUCGUUGUUCACGUCGGGAUUGUGCGAUGACAACAGUAUUAUUGACAGUUUUGCGUUUAUAGCGAGUUUCUAAUAUAUCCAACAUCGACACUUCCCGUGCAACAUCACGGUA